AUGUCGACAACAAAUUUCAGUAGCAGUAGAAGUCGCACGAAAUCAUUUGAAGAACUGCUAUGUUCGCCCUCUUUAGUGGGUGGGUUUCAACAACAACUAUCAAUUUGUUUCUUAGCGGUUAACAUUCUCCUCUCCAUUACAGCAUUCGCUGGAAAUUCUCUUAUACUUGUUGUCCUUCACAAGAAAUCUUCCCUACAUCCGCCGUCCAAACUCCUGUAUCGCUGUCUGGCAACCACUGAUCUGUUGGUUGGUCUUGUUGUUCAGCCUCUCAGUGCUACAUAUUGGAUGUCCGUGGUUCAAGAACAGUGCAGUCUUUGUCGAUACGCAAGGGGUGCAGGCUACAUCACAAACUAUGUAUUGAUUUUAGUGUCUUUGAUGACGAUGACGGCCAUAAGCGUGGACAGACUUCUUUCCCUGUUGUUGGGACUGAGAUACAAACAAAUUGUAACUUUGAAGCGCACGUAUACCGUUGUAGCUACCUUUUGGGUUUUCACCCUUUUCGCCUUUUUAAGUGUAAUUUUUAUCUCCUUAUAAUCUUUUUGUACAGCUGCCUAGUUAUAUCAUUUUGCCUGGUAAUAUCAUUUGCAUCGUACACAAAGAUUUUUUGCACUCUCAGAUAUCAUCAAGCACAAGUACGAGAUACUCUUAAUCGCCAUAUGUAAAGUAGCAGUUAUUUUGCUUUAAUUUAACUCCAGGUUAAACCCGUUCCUGUACUGCUGGAAGAUGAGUGAAGUGAGACAAGCAAUGAAGCAGACAAUUAAAGAAACACUUUGCUGAGUCAGGUCUUCCUCGAGUUCUUCAGACUUUUAAAGCAGACUUAUUAAGUCACGAAUAUAUUUGAAGAGCAGUCGUUAGAUAAGUUAUUGGAUAAAAACAAAUAAGUAGCUCAAUAGAAUAGUUGCGCGGGCUAUUGUCGAUAGUCUUUAAAUCUCUGAGAACAAAUUAGGUAACCCUAGCUACUCUGUUUAAAGCUGGUGCUGGGUGUUACGAGAAAACUAUUUCAACGUUGAUGUUGCGCCAUAUUGCCAAAAGAGACGGUCCUGUUUUAGUCUUGAAUUUGUUUUGUCAUCAGAAAAACAUCCGUAAAGCUUAUGUCAAGAGGUUUUCGCUACUUGUAUAUUUAACUGAAGGUUACGAAAGUAUAUGAAAUUAAAUUGACGAUCUCUUUUUGUUACAGAAUUUUUUUACAGAUCGAUCGAUGUUCUGAAAUUAUAUUGGAAACCGACAAGUUUCGCAUCAUUUGUAUAGAGGUCACCAUAUUCCCAUUUUGUCCCUGGUGUAUCUUUAGGUUGUCUCAGAGUUUUACGGAUUUUAUAUCCUCGAUUUCCGAGCGAUUAACUGCUGUCCCUAAAUUUCACAAUUUUUUUUUUACUGAGUCGUUUUCAAAGCUUUUGUAUGAGCUCAGAAUUUGUUUCAAUACCAUACCAUCUAAUUAUCGCCCUAAAAAAGACGUGGUUAUUUCACCCAUAAAAGAAGUGAUAAAUUAGAUCUUUUAAGACCUAGGAGUCCCAUAUCGUAUUGUAAAACAAAAAAUAUAACCCAUGUCUUUGUGUUUGCCGAGGGAAUUCACUUUCAGGGCUGAUUUGAAAUUAGACUGAAACUUUAUUAACUGAAAUCAACAGCUGGUUGCGACAAACAUGUUCUUGUUUAAUUAUCAAGGUACUGAAUUACCAUAGAGGAUCAGAGAGUAAUUAUGUUGCAAAAACUAAUUUGUUUCUAACUUAAAAUGAGGCGGCGUGUCUAUGGUGGCUAACUAAUUUUUCCUAAUCUUUGACGGGGUAGUUUUAACAAUUACUUCGUGCGUCAGUGAGUGGUCAUUAAUAUACGAUGCACACAGGAAGUUUGGAGAGCUUGAAAGAUACGCUGGAGUAGUUUAACACGCAGCCAAGAGUGAUAAUAGGCUCAUAAAUAAUAAAUGCUGUUUAUGUAGAUUUAACAAGGAGUAGUUUUUAACUAGACUUCGUCUCGGGAAUUAUUCAACAAUAAUAUCAUUCACUUCAUCUUCGCCAAAUAAUCAUUAUAUAUUUUUAUCGAGUUUUGAUAAUUUUUAAGUAUCUAUUCCUUCAUUUUCCUUCUCGAUCAAUAGAUUAUCAUGUUCACUUUAGCACAGUCAUAUAACUCUGGUUAUCGGAGGAGAACUGCUAAUCGCUAAGGGGAAUUCUGACAUGAAGAAUUCAGUCACUGCUGUAUACAUGAAAACGUUGGCAGAGAAACAUUUAGGCGAACUUUAUCUUAUCAUUAUUCCUGGACAAUCACUUUGAAAUUUUUGGCGAAAGGAGGAGAACAAAUAGAGAAUGUAAAAGAAACAGCAAAAAAUUGUUAAAAAAAGUAAUUUCUUGCUUUUCUUCUGUUUUAUUUUUCGUUUUCUCUGAGACGAGACGGAGGUAAAAGGCCACAAAAUGUGACUAAUUAAGUUUGCAUCUGUGGCCAUGGCUUAACCUUAUUUUCGCAAAUGAUAUGGACAUUUGAUUGACACCCAACAUCGAUGAAACUAGCCUUCAAAUUCAGAAUUUACUGCGAUACAGAAUUAUUGUUUGCACUUAAUUAGCGUCCCAAGAGAAUGACAGUAUAUUUAGAUAUACUGCUUAAACCGCUUAUGCUGUCAUUCAAAUUAAAACUAACAAAAGAGAGUUUCCCUAUCAUAUCGUCAAUCGAAAAUUUUACCGAUGUCUGGGCGCUUGCCAAAGGAAUUAACUUUUAAUACUAAUUUGAAGUUAAAUUAAACUUAAACUACUAGAAUAAACAGCUGGUUGCGACAAAUAUAUGCUUGUUUAGUUUUUAAGCUGUCGUCGCCACAGUGAAUUAUCAAAGAGGAUUAGAAGGAAGCUUCCUGAGAAACAAAGACUCCUUUUAAAGAAACUGAUGUAAUGAUGGCAUUUUUCAGUGAUUAAAUUACGUUUUAAGAAUGUUUAGUAACUAUAUCUGCACUUGUAAGAAAAAUGGUAGAUCGAAAAUGAAAAUAUAAAGUUUGAACAUGAAAAUUGGCAUCAAACGAAAAAUAAAUGAAUAUUUUGGUACCCGAUGGAACUCUGGGAUUAAAAUGAUACCGAGCGCGUAGGGCCAUCAUGGCUGGUGCAAAACAAUGGUUUCUCCGCCUCCUCUAUGUUCAGUUAGCGCCCAUUUUUAUUAUCUUGUUGACCAAAGGGAUGAAGAAAAGAAAUUACAUCAUUGGGCGAAAUAGGCAAAAUAGGCAAAAAAUUUUUUGUUAAUAAAAAUCAUCAUCACUUUCCUGACGAAAGUGAAAAAGCUGGUAGAGAGCGAGUUUGAAAAAAAUCGUUGGCGCGCGGCACAACAUCUUGUUACGGUUUUGUUUUUAAUAUCAAUCCGGUGACGAAAAAUGGAAAGAAAAAGCCAAUCAUUAUAAUUGAUUCAAACAUUUAAAAAUACUUUUGCAUCUGUGACCAAAAUUUUAAUUUGAAUUGUUUGAUUCAUUCGCAAAUUGUCUCAAAUCCAACUUUUCUAAGACGAAGUAAAAUCGCCAGCUUGAAAUUUUCAUUUCUAAUUUUUCAUGGCUACUAAUGAUACAAGUUUGAAAUUCACACGAAUGAUAUGAACAUCAGGUUAACACCCUAUCAUUGAAAGUUGAUCUAGAUAAAAGAAGAUUGUUCGUCAUUCUUUUAAAAGAAUGAUACACAGAUGUCUCUCCAUUUUCUACUUGUUGCCAUUUCAUACUUGUUGUCAUUAUUGGACGCAACUGUCAAUUUCCUGAAGUAUUUUAAAUGAGUUAAUGCUGAUGAAGAAUUCUCAGUGUGUAUUAAUAUCAUUAGCUGAAGUAUGAGGUGUCAUUGAUCGUGGCUGGAUGUGGGCUGUUUAGACGAUAUAUUACUCCUUGCAAUCUUAGAUAACUUACAACAAAUUUCAGAAGAGUUGGAACACAGACGAAAACAAUUGAAGAACUGCUAUGCUCUCCCUCUUUAGUGGGCGGGCAUCAAGCAGAAUCAGUUUCAUACAUGAGGCAUGCCACAGCUGCAAAUUUCUGACGCAUUUUAAAUAAUUAAACGCGAGGGAGGAAGUCUUUAUGUGUUAUUAAAGGAAGGUUUCAGUUGGACGAAAUAUUUCUCGUUGCAAGAACAGAGGAAACAAAUGCAGAAUUAUGUCGACAACAAAGUCCAGUAGAGGUGGAACACUGACAAAAACAAUUGAAGAACUGGUAUGCUCCCCCUCUUUGGUGGGUGGGCUUCAACCAGCAUCUUUCGCAACAGUCAACAUUCUCCUCUCCAUCAAAACAUUUCUUAGCAAUUCUCUUAUACUUGUUGCCCUUCACAAGGAAUCUACCCUCCAUGCGCCGUCCAAACUCUUGUAUCGCUGUCUGGCAACAACUGAUCUGUUGGUUGGUCUUGCUGCCCAGCCUCUCUACGUUACCUACUGGAUGUCCGUGGUUCACGAACACUGGACUCUUUGUCAUUACGCAGUGAGAGCAACCUACAUCAGCAUUAUGUGGAGUUUCUCUAUUGACGAUGGCGGCAAUAAGCGUGGACAGACUUCUCGCCCUGUUGUCGGGGCUGAAAUACAAAGAGAUUGUAACUUUGAAGAGUGUUUAUAUUAUUAUAGCUUGCUUUUGGGUUUUAUGUCUUGUCGCCUCUUUAUGCACCAUUUUCGAUCAGCGUAUAACCGCUUUGUAUACCCGGAUAUUGAUACCACUUUCGCUGCUUAUUUCACUCGUCUCGUACACAAAGAUUUUUCGUACUCUUAGAAAUCGUCAGGGAGAAGAACAUGAUCAACUACAACCGAGCCAACCAAGUGUACUCAACAUGGCGCGAUACAGAAAAGUAGUGCACAGUGCACUGUGGAUACAGUUAGUAUUAGUUGUCUGUUAUACACCAUACCUUGUUGUGGGAAUUGUAGUCACUUAUACUACAACAUAUUCAUGACACUUAGGCGUCGCAUUGGCAAUGGCAACUAUCUUAGUUCACUUUAACUCGACGUUAAACCCGUUCCUAUACUGCUGGAAGAUUAGUGAAGUGAGACGAGCAAUGAAGCAGACAAUCCGACAAGCACUUUGCUGUCCAUGGAGUUUGACCAUCCUUCAGUUAUACAUAAUGAUAUAAGUACUUUUAGUGCAAAGCUGACCAAUAGAGAACGCUUGCCAUUUAAAUUUUUCCAAGAUUAAACGUAAGAAUCCAUCUUCUCUGCUCAGCCAAAGGCGAAUUUUUUACCUGAGAAGACGGAGUUUAAAAUAAUUGUGAAAUACUAAUAGUAUCAAAGAUGUGUGUCUGUACGUUUGACUCUUAAAGCUCAUGUUCCUAUUUUGGUCACUUUUCCUUAUGAACUUUCAUCGAUAGGGAGCUAAUCAAAUGUCCACAUCAUCUGUGUGAAAUUAGGACUUCAAUCAUUAUCGGCCUCGACAAACUGAAAUUACGAAGAUCAAGCUGGCAACUUUGAAUGACGUAAGAAAAAAUUGGAUUCGUGACAUCUCCUUAUGCAUCAAACUAUUAAAAUGUAAAUUAAUUCAAAUAUAAAAAAGAAGCUUAAAUCUGAGGGAUUGUUUAUCACAUUUUGAUCAAAAAAUACUGAUACUAAAGAUGUCUCUAUUUUUUUCCUUUUAUUGCUAUUUUAUCCGUGAGCCACCCACAGGUUCCAACGGUCGAUCAGCUAGAAAGAGAUAGUUUUUCGCCAUGUGAAAAAAAUGAUAUCACAGAUGUCUCUCUAUUUGCCUCUUACUGCUAUUUCAUACAAGAGGCUCGUCACAGGUUCCGGAAAAAAGAAAUCAAAUCCUAGGCACAACAGACAAUUUGUUUACGCACUUUGAAUGAGCAAACGCUGACGAGGAAGUCUUUAUGUGUUUACUGAAGGAAAUUUCGGUCAUCGUCGCACGGUGUAUGCUGUUUAGACGAAACAUUUCUUGUUGCCAGUUGCCUCAGUACAAGGAAAAGGAAACGAAUACAGAACAAUGUCGACAACAAAGUUCACUAGGGGUGGAACACAGAUAAAAACAUUUGUAGAACUGCUAUGCACCCCAUCUUUUGCGAGUGGAUUACAUCAAAGAUUUACUUUUUUCUCACCAGUGUACAUUCUUCUCUCCAUCACACCAUUCGUUACAAAUUCUCUCAUCCUUGUUGCCCUUCACAAGGAAUCUUCCCUCCACCCGCCGUACAAACUCCAUUACCAUGGAGUUUGGUACAACAACUGAUCUGUUGGUUGAUCUUGUUGCCCAGCCUCUCAAUGCUACUUAUUGGAUGUCCUUGGCUUUUGACGCAGCCUACAUCACGGGCUCUGCAUUGUUUUUAGCGUCUUUGAUGACGAUGACGGCCAUAAGCGUGUACAGACUUCUCGCCCUGUUGUUGGGGCUGAGGUACAAACAAAUUGUAACUUUGAAGCGCACAUAUAUCAUUGUAGCUACCAUCUAGGUUAAUCUCUUGUCUCUUCUUUAUGCACUCCUCUUGAUCAUCGUAUAACUCUACCACUUUGCCUGGUUAUUUCACUCGCAUCACAUACAAAGAUUUUUCGCACUCUCAGAUAUCAUCAGGCUCAGGCAGAAGAUCCUGUUCAACAACAGCCGAGCCAACUAAAUGUCCUGAACAUAGCUCAAUACAGAAAAGCAGUGUAUAGUGCACUGUGAGUGAAGUUAGCAUUAGUUGUUUGUUUUGCACCAUUCUUUAUCGUGGUAGCCGUGGUUGCACACAGUAAAACACAUUCAUCACAUUUGGUCAUCCUAAGGGGAAUAAUCGUUGUCUUGGUUUACUUUAACUCGACAUUAAACCCGUUUCUUUACUGCUGGAAGAUAAGUGAAGUAAGACAAGCAGUAAAGCAGACAAUCAGACAAGCACUUUGCUUUCCAUGGAGUUAGACCAUCUUGAGUUUUACCCGAUCGUACUGGUACUUUCAGUUCAAAACUGACCGAUAGGGAACGCUCGUCAAUCAGCUACACCAUGAUAUAUAUAUCUUUGCUCGAGGUCUCUCGAUUGUUUUUUUCGCACCUUAACAACUAAAGGGAAGGCAAUCGAAAAACUAACCAUAAAUUUAUAAAAAUAGUUUUAGUGCUACCUCACAUUAUCAUGAUUAGAUCAAUUCAUAAUCUAAGAAAAGAUAUGCGCGCGCAGGAUAAUACUCACGUUUGUUAUUAUAAGAAAGUGUAAGGAACAAAAUUGAAGCAAGAACGGUUAGUAUAAAGUUCUCUUUCAGGUUCACCGUUUUGCUGAAAUUAUUUGCUAAAGGGAAAAAGGAAUAUUGAAUGAAAAAAAAAUAUAUCGACUUUUAAAAAUAUCACGUAGAAAGGGUUGCUUUAUUUCCAGUUUGUUCAUGGUGUAUUUUUCAGUUGUCUCCAAGUGAUUUGAUUCUAUUUUUACCAUUUUCCGAGCGAUUAACUGUCCUAAACUUUCCCCUAUAUUUCUUUCAAGUCGUUUCACAAAGUUUUAUGGAAUUCAGGAUUGACCAAAAUUCAUUAUCGGGCCUAAAAUAACAGUAUAUCUAAAUAUACUGCUUAGUUCUUUUUCUUUAAAAAAAAAGUCGCAAUCGAGUUCCUUUAUUGUUUUGAAAACAGUAAUAUAGCUGAUGUUUGCCAAGGAAUAUGACUUUAGUGCUAAUUUGUACUUGAGAUAAAUUUUACUGAUUGAGGUACACGGCUAAUAGCGGAAGUGAAGAAGGAAAGGUUAAAUUCCUAACUAUUCCAAAUUGAAUGCGUAACACAUUGAAAGAGGGAUUUCGGAGAAAGCUUAAAUAUUGGUAUUAUUUUAUAGUGAGAUAUCUCAAGUUAUUUUUAACGCAGACACCUUGUUCCGGCGAUGAAGGCAAAUUACAGAACCUUUCUUCUACCUUUGCCAGCACAGCCAAGCUUACGACUUCAUCACGCCGCCAAGCAAAGUGUAAAAGAAAGUACGAAAGUGCAAAAUAGCACAACAUGGGUCAAGUCUAAAACAACAGUAUGUGUAAGUCUAGGGCCGUAGAAACUUUGAAAUUUAUCAAGAAACUGAGAAAAACUACGCAUCAUUUAGAUUCUUAUUGUUUACAAAGGCAAAUUACCUAUCUAUGAACGCAUGCGUAAUCAUUUGACCGCCGUGUUGCCCAUUUAUUACUGUCUACUAGUCAAGCUGCAGUCGCUAUUCGGAAUAAUUAAAAUGGAGAUAAAUGGGAGGGAGAAUUGGCGGAAAAAGAACUUCUUAACAAGAAACAAAUAAGUUGUUGCAUUUUUUUUUAUCAAUGAAAGCGCUCGUUUGGUUUGCUUCUCCGUUAUUUCCCCAUCGGUGAAUAAAAUAACGAAUUAAAAGUUAAAAUAAAUAACGUACAGUCGAAAGAAAAGUAAAUAUGUUACGAAAUAAAUAAUUUAGUAUUUGAUGAAAUUUCGUACUCAAAACGAGGCUGAGGGUGUCAUGGCUGGAUAAUGUCUCCUCACCUUCCUGCGUGCUUCAUAUCUUAAUUAACACACACUGUUUACUGGUUAAGAUGCAGUCGCUAGUCCGUCGGCGCGAUACAGAGGGACUGUGUACAGUGCACUGUGGGUGCAGUUAGCGUUAGUUGUUUGUUGCGCACCAAUCUAUAGUAAAACAUAUCAAUCACACCUAGUCGUUAUAUGGAGAACAUCAGUUGUCUUACUUUACUUUAACUUGAAUGUCCGUUCUUUACUACUGGAAAAUUAGUGAAGUAAGACAAGCAGUAAAACAGACAAUCAGAGAAGCACUUUGCUGUCCGUAGCGUUA